ACUAUCUUAUCUCUAAGAUAGGGCUGAAGUUUUUCUGACAACUAGUUGUUGUUUCUGACAUUGUCGUCGUCUAAGACUCGUUGUGGUCGGCGGCAGGAGAUGGUGGAGAAGAUCGAGCACUCUCACGUGGACGUCCGAGGCAUCAGCCUCCACAUAGCUCACAUAGGAAAAGGUGAAUUGGGGAACGUCCUCUUCGUCCAUGGAUUUCCGGAGAUAUGGUACUCGUGGCGGCACCAGAUGAUCGCCGCCGCCGAAGCAGGAUUCAAGGCCAUCGCCCCGGACCUCCGUGGCUACGGCCUCUCCGGCCAGCCAACAGAGCCGGAGAACACCACCUGGGAAGACCUCGUCGCGGAUCUCCUCGCCAUCCUCGAUUCCCUCUCCAUCCCCAAGGUGUUUGUUGUCGGGAAGGACUUCGGCGCCUGGCCUGCUUAUCAUCUUGCUCUGUAUCAUCCGCAACGGGUGCUGGGUGUCGUGACCUUAGGAGUGCCAUUCAUCGCCCGAAACUUAGACAGCGACACGCUUCCCGAAGGUUUCUACAUACUGCGGUGGCGGGAGCCAGGUCGAGCGGAGGCAGACUUCGGCCGGUUCGAUGUCAGGAGAGUCGUUCGCACCAUCUAUAUUCUAUUCUCCAGGGUUGAGAUUCCCAUAGCCGAGCGAGGCCAGGAGAUCAUGGACCUUGCCGACUCAUCCACGCCCUUGCCGCAGUGGUGCACCGAGGAAGACGUCGAUGUCUAUGCUGCUCUAUACGAGACCUCGGGGUUUCGAUUUCCGCUCCAUAUGCCAUACCGGUCGCUGCUCAAGGUAACGGCCCCAGCCGAUCCGAAAGUUGAAGUCCCUGCGCUGCUGAUCAUGGGAGAAAAAGACUACGUUCUUAGGUUUCCGGGCAUGGAGGACUACGUCAGGAGCGGCACGGUGAAGCAAUUCGUCCCCGAUCUGGAGAUCGUCUACGUCCCCGAAGGAAGCCAUUUUGUGCAGGAGCAGUUCCCGGAGCAAGUGAACCAGCUUCUCAUCGACUUCGUUAAGAGCCAUCUCUGAGACUCUUGGCUGGAGGAAAUACGUUGCAUGAUGAUUGACAUAUCAUUGAUCAGACGAACACAUCUAUAGAUUGUGUGAAAAUUAAAGCAGUCAGUGAAUGAGAAGCAAUAUGGGUUGACAUUGCAGUCAACUAUAAAACAA